AAUCAUGAACGUGACUCAAAAAUGUUAAUAAAUAAACCAAGACCAUGGGGAAUUCAUAUGCUGGGCAACUGAAAUCUGCUCGAUUUGAGGAAGCUCUCCACAAUUCCAUAGAAGCCUCUCUGAGAUGUAGUAGUGUGGUACCACGGCCAAUUUUUUCCCAGCUCUACUUGGACCCUGACCAACAUCCGUUCUCACCUGCAGAUGUAAAACCCAAAGUGGAGGAUCUGGAUAAAGACUUGGUACACCGCUACACUCAAAAUGGAAGCCUGGAUUUUUCUAACAAUCUAACAGUUAAUGAAAUGGAAGAUGACGAAGAUGAUGAAGAAAUGUCUGAUUCAAAUAGCCCACCAAUUCCCUAUUCACAAAAACCUGCCCCAGAAGGGUCUUGCACUACAGAUGGUUUUUGUCAAGCGGGAAAGGAUUUGCGUUUGGUAUCUCUGUGUAUGGAACAAAUCGACAUCCCAGCAGGAUUCCUUCUGGUGGGGGCAAAGUCUCCCAAUCUUCCUGAACACAUCCUAGUGUGUGCUGUAGACAAACGAUUUCUACCGGAUGAUCAUGGGAAAAAUGCACUUUUAGGGUUUUCUGGAAACUGUAUUGGCUGUGGAGAAAGAGGAUUUCGGUAUUUCACGGAAUUUUCCAACCACAUUAACUUGAAGCUGACCACCCAGCCAAAGAAGCAGAAGCACUUAAAGUACUACCUAGUCAGAAGCUCCCAGGGUGUUCUGUCGAAGGGACCUCUUAUCUGCUGGAAAGAAUGUAGAAGCCGACAAUCCUCUGCUACUUGCCACUCUAUUAAACCAAACGCUUCAGUAUCAUCAACUGUGACCCCAGAAAAUGGCACAACUAAUGGAUACAAGUCAGGAUUCAUUCAGACAGAUUCACCAGUUCUCAGUCCAGCUAAUUCUGCAAUCAAUUUAAGUGGAGCUCAGGACCUGACCCGGAAUAAGAAUGUUGUGAAGCCACUGGCUUUAUCUUUGCAGGUUGUAGGGAAGACUUACGCUGCAGAUGCUGCCAAUGGAAACAGUAGCCAAGGAGGGAAGAGCAGUACAUCUAGCGCCGCUCAAGCCCGCCCAGGGAAUUACCCUUUGUCACCAAGACCUAGCUAUACAUCAGGAGACCAAGCUACCAUGUUCACUUCUGGGCCACCAAAGAAACGACACCGGGGAUGGUACCCUGGGUCACCUGUCCCCCAACCUGGUUCCGUUGUACCUGUUCCUACAGUUCGCCCUCUUUCAAGAACUGAGUCCCUUCUAUCUGCCCCAGUUCCACAGACCCCAUUAACUGGAAUUUUACAGCCUCGACCCAUUCCUGCAGGGGAAACUGUAAUUGUUCCUGAAAACCUGCUAAGUAACUCAGGCGUUAGACCAGUAAUUCUGAUAGGCUAUGGCACUUUACCCUAUUUCUAUGGAAAUGUUGGUGACAUUGUUGUGAGUCCUCUGCUGGUGAAUUGCUACAAGAUUCCACAGUUGGAAAACAAAGAUAUGGAACAACUAGGGUUGACUGGCAGCCAGCUGCUGAGUGUGGAAAACAUGAUUCUUCUGACAAUACAGUAUCUUGUGCGGCUGGGUCCUGAUCAGAUCCCUCUCAGGGAAGAAUUUGAGCAAAUUAUGCUGAAAGCUAUGCAGGAAUUUACUCUGAGAGAGAGAGCCCUGCAGAUGGGUGCUCAGUGUACACCUGUGUCGCCAGGCCAACUCCCCUGGCUGGCUAGGUUAAUUGCCAGCGUAUCUCAAGACUUGGUUCAUGUGAUUGUGACCCAGAACUCUUUGGCGGAGGGCAUUUCAGAGACAUUGAGGACUCUCAGUGAAAUGAGACACUAUCAAAGGCUACCAGAUUACGUGGUGGCAAUUUGUGCAUCGAAAAUCAGAGGAAAUGAAUUUUGUGUGGUAGUAUUAGGUCAGCAUCAGUCCAGAGCUCUGGCAGAGAGCAUGCUCACCACAAGUGAGUUUCUAAAAGAAAUAAGUUAUGAGCUCAUCACAGGAAAGGUCAGUUUCCUGGCAUCGCAUUUCAAAACCACAUCAUUAGGCGAUGACCUGGACAAGCUGCUAGAAAAAAUGCAACAAAGAAGAGGAGACAGUGUUGUUACCCCUUUCAAUGGUGACCUUCAUGAAUAUGUGUCACCUCAGGAGGCUGCUGCUAUGAUUCCCACACAAAACCUGGAUAUAGAUAAUGAAACCUUCCAAAUUUAUCAACCACAGCUUACAGUUGCCAGAAAACUCUUAUCCCAGGUGUGUGCUAUAGCAGACAGCGGCAGCCAGAGCCUGGACCUUGGCCACUUCAGCAAAGUGGACUUCAUCAUCAUUGUCCCGAGAUCAGAGGUUCUGGUGCAGCAAACUCUUCAACGGAUUCGACAAUCAGGUGUCCUUGUAGACUUGGGUCUGGAGGAAAAUGGGACGGCUUAUCAGAGAGCAGAGAAGUAUGUUGUUCGUCUAGACAAUGAGAUUCAAGCCAAGUUUGAAGUUUUCAUGAGAAGAGUGAGACAGAACCCGUACACACUGUUUGUGCUAGUUCAUGACAACUGCCAUGUGGAACUAACGAGUGUCAUUUCGGGUUCUUUGUCACAUGGUGAACCUAGCCAUGGACUGGCUGAUAGAGUCAUUAAUUGCAGAGAAGUUCUAGAAGCUUUUAACCUCUUGGUGCUCCAGGUUAGCUCCUUCCCAUACACUCUACAGACCCAACAGUCACGAAUCAGCUCCAGCAAUGAGGUUCACUGGAUACAGCUGGACAGCACGGAGGACAUGAGCUGCGAGGGAAAACUGUACUUUGGCCUGAAUGAGUACAGUAAGUCUCUACAGUGGGGGAUCACAAGCCCACUUCUGAGAUGCGAUGAGACCUUUGAGAAAAUGGUGAACACUCUCUUGGAGAGGUACCCCAGGCUGCACAGCAUGGUCGUCCGCUGCUACCUCCUCAUCCAGCAGUACUCGGAAGCUCUGAUGGCUCUCACCACCAUGGCGUCCCUCCGAGACCACAGCACGCCAGAAACGCUCAGCAUUAUGGAUGACCUCAUCAGCUCCCCAGGAAAAACCAAGAGUGGGAGGGGACACAUGCUCAUUAUCAGGGUGCCCUCCGUGCAGCUGGCGAUGCUGGCCAAGGAGCGGCUGCAGGAAGUGCGCGACAAGCUGGGCCUGCAGUACCGCUUUGAGAUCAUCCUUGGGAACCCUGCCUCUGAAGUCAGUGUUGCAACUCACUUUGUGGCACGAUUAAAGACCUGGAGAGGAAAUGAACCUGAAGAAUGGAUCCCUCGGACAUACCAAGACUUAGAAGGUCUGCCUUGUAUUGUGAUAUUAACUGGCAAAGAUCCUCUUGGAGAAACCUUUCCCAGGUCUUUGAAGUACUGUGACCUCCGGUUAAUUGAUUCAAGCUAUUUAACUCGCACAGCCCUGGAGCAGGAGGUGGGUCUGGCGUGCUGCUAUGUCUCAAAAGAGGUCAUCCGGGGGUCCACUGUUGCCCUGGACCUCAGCGGGAAGGAGCAGGAGAGAGCCACCGUGAGCGAGAAUGACUCGGAUGAGCUGCUGAUCGAUCUGGAGAGGCCCCAGAGCAACAGUAGUGCCAUCACGGGAACCUCGGGCUCCAUCAUGGAGAAUGGGGUGAGCUCUUCCAGCACCGCGGACAAGUCCCAGAAGCAGCCCCUGACCCCCAGCUUCCAGAGCCCAGCCAACAGCACCGGGCUGGAGGAAGGGGUCUCUGCAGGCACAGCGGGAGCUGGGGAGACCCUGAAGCAGGAGUGCGAUUCCCUGGGCCCCCAGAUGGCGAGCAGCACCACCUCCAAGCCUUCAUCGUCAUCCUCCUCCUCCUCGGGUCCACGGGCCCUCCCGUGGCCCGCUGGGCCUGUCCAAGGUUGUAGGGGCUUGCACGCCACCCUGCCCCCGAUAGUGAUCCUGUCCAAAGCGGCCUACAGCCUCCUGGGCUCCCAGAGGGGAGGCAAGCUGCCGUCCUCGGCAUCCCUGCUGCCCCACGCCGACGUGGCCUGGGUGAGCUCCCUGCGGCCGCUCCUGCACAAGGACAUGGGCAGCGAGGAGCAGUCCCUCUACUACAGGCAGUGGACCUCGGCUCGGCCGCACCACGCCGACUACAGCAACCAGCCCGACCCCAACUCCGGCGCCCGGGCCUGCCACCCCCGACGGCUGCUGCUGACUGGGCCCCCCCAGGUGGGAAAGACGGGCUCCUAUCUGCAGUUCCUCAGGAUCCUCUUCCGCAUGCUCAUCAGGCUCCUGGAGGUGGAUGUGUAUGAUGAGGGAGAGAUCAACACAGAUCACAGCGAAAGCAGCGGAGUGAGCCAGUCCGAGGGAGAGCCCUGGCCCGACAUCGAGAGCUUCAGUAAAAUGCCCUUUGACAUCAGCGUGCACGAUCCCAAGUACAGCCUGAUGAGCCUGGUAUACACUGAGAAGCAAGCAGGGGUCAAACAAGAAGCAAUAAAGGAAUCCAGAGCUGAAGAGCCCAGGAAACGAGAAACUGUGUCUAUGAUGCUGACCAAGUACGCGGCCUACAACACCUUCCACCACUGCGAGCAGUGCCACCAGUACAUGGACUUCACCUCCGCCUCCCAGGUGUCUGACUCCACCCUUCACGCAUUCACGUUCUCUUCCUCCAUGCUGGGGGAAGAGGUGCAGCUCUACUUCAUCAUCCCCAAAUCCAAAGAGAGUCAUUUUGUCUUCAGCAAGCAGGGCAGACACCUGGAGAGCAUGCGACUGCCCCUGGUCUCAGACAAGAAUUUGAAUGCGGUCAAGAGCCCUAUUUUCACUCCUUCCAGUGGUCGCCAUGAGCAUGGGCUCCUAAACCUUUUUCACGCCAUGGAGGGCAUCAGCCACCUGCACCUCCUAGUGGUCAAAGAAUAUGAGAUGCCGCUGUACCGCAAGUACUGGCCCAACCACAUCAUGCUGGUGCUUCCCGGCACGUUCAAUAACGCAGGCGUGGGUGCUGCCAGGUUUCUCAUUAAGGAGCUGUCAUACCACAACCUGGAACUGGAGAGGAACCGCCUGGAAGAGCUGGGAAUUAAACGCCAGUGUGUCUGGCCUUUCAUCGUUGUGAUGGAUGACUCCUGUGUCCUGUGGAACAUUCACAGUGUUCAGGAGCAGACCAGCCAGCCCAUGGAAGGAGUUUCCAGUAAGAAUGUGUCCUUGAAGAGUGUCUUACAGCACAUUGAAGCAACACCAAAAAUCAUCCACUAUGCAAUCCUGGGUAUACAGAAAUGGAGCAGCAAGCUGGCUUCCCAGAGUCUGAGGGUCCCGUUCUCCAGGUGCCACGUGCACGAUUUCAUUCUCCUCAACAUAGACCUGACUCAGAAUGUGCAGUACGACUUCAACAGGUAUUUCUGUGAAGACGUUGACUUUAACCUGAGAACAAACAGCAGCGGCCUGCUCAUCUGUCGUUUUAAUAACUUCAGUCUCAUGAAGAAACACAUUCAGGUUGGAGGGCAAAGGGACUUUAUCAUUAAACCAAAGAUCAUGGUGUCAGAGAGCUUAGCACCCAUCCUGCCCCUUCAGUAUGUCUGUGCUCCCGACAGUGAGCACACAUUACUGGCAGCCCCUGCGCAGUUCCUUCUGGAGAAGUUCCUUCAGCACGCCUCAUACAAACUCUUCCCCAAAGCCAUCCGGAACUUCAAGAGUCCUGUGUUAGCUGUUGAUUGCUAUCUUAACAUUGGACCAGAGGUGGCCAUAUGCUACAUCAGCUCCAGACCCCACUCCAGCAAUGUCAACUGUGAAGGGGUGUUUUUCAGUGGACUCCUCUUGUACCUCUGUGACUCUUUUGUAGGUGCUGAUCUUCUUAAGAAAUUUAAAUUUCUAAAAGGUGCUACCCUGUGUGUCAUUUGCCAAGACAGAAGCUCCUUACGCCAGACAAUUGUCCGCUUAGAACUAGAGGAUGAGUGGCAGUUCCGCCUCCGUGAUGAAUUUCAAACUGCUAACAGCAGUGAUGACAAGCCCCUGUAUUUUCUUACUGGACGUCAUGUAUGAACUUUUGAAGAGAACAAAAAUAGCAAAGGGAUGCCUAG